AUGUCUGACGAGAUUGUCUGGCAGGUGAUUAACCAGCAGUUCUGCUCCUACAAGCUCAAAACUACGAAAGAGCAGAACUUCUGUCGAAAUGAAUACAACGUCAGCGGUCUUUGCAACCGCCAGUCCUGCCCCCUGGCCAAUUCACGGUAUGCGACUGUUCGAACCGACCCCGAAACUGGUGUUAUGUACCUCUACAUGAAGACCGUCGAACGUGCCCACAUGCCCAGCAAAUGGUGGGAGCGAGUCCGCCUUUCUUCCAACUACGCCAAAGCCCUCGAGCAAGUGGACGAGCGACUGAUCUACUGGCCGAAAUUCCUGACCCACAAGUGCAAGCAGCGUCUCACACGCCUGACGCAAGUCAACAUUCGCAUGAAGAACAUCGCUAAAGAGGACGAGCGCCUCGGCGAAAAGCUCGUGCCCAAGCUGGCCCCGAAGAUCCGUCGUCGUGAGGAAACUCGUGAGCGCAAGGCCGAGUCUGCUGCCAAGGUCGAGAGAGCCAUUGAGCGUGAGCUUAUCGAGCGUCUGCGCAGCGGUGCCUACGGUGACCGGCCACUGAACGUCGAGGAGGGUAUCUGGAAGAAGGUCCUCCGCGGUCUUGAGAGAGCUGGUGACGGUGAGCGUGAUGUCGACAUGGAUGACGGCGAAGAGAUCGAGGAAGAGGAAGAGGGCGUUGGCGAGGUCGAGUACGUCAGCGAUCUCGACGAGGAGGAGGAUCUCGAAGACAUGGAGGACUGGCUGGGUGUUGACUCGGCUGACUCCAGUGAUGAUGAUGAGGAUGAGGAUGAAAGUGAUGACGACAGCGAGGACGAGGACAGCGAGGAUGAGAAGCCCAAGCCCAAGCCCAGUGCCAAGCGGAAGCACGCUGCUCCUCCCGCAAAGCCUCGCAAGAAGGGACCUCGCAUCGAGAUCGAGUACGAGACCGAGGGCGCUGGCAAGGACCAGGUCAUGGCAUGA